AAAAUGAUUUCGGGGGAAUGGCUUGCAGUGUUGGCAAUGUCCUCUCCUUCCCCUUCCCCUUCUUUCUUCCUUUCUCUCUCGGCAGUUAAGCUGCUCCAAUCUCUCUACCUACUCUUUUUUCCCCUCUUUAGCAAAACCAGAAUAAUAAAAUAAUAAAAUACUUAAUUAAUUGAUUAUGUAAUUUCAUUCCUUCAUUCAUUUCAUUUAAUUCAUUCAGAGAAGUAGUGGUAGCAGUAUAUAUCUACGCGGGUGCUGUUUGUGAAUAAAUCUUCUGCUUUUUUCUAUUUUCUCUGAAUUUUUUAGAGAAAAAUUGAAAAUGCCUCUGGUUAGAGCUCAGGUGAGGAAUGAGUACGGGCUUGGUCAACCGGAGCUUUACAAGGAAGCUAAUAGAGAAGAUCCUAAGGCUGUCCUCGAUGGCGUUGCCGUCGCUGGUCUCGUCGGGAUCUUGCGGCAAUUAGGCGAUCUUGCUGAAUUUGCAGCAGAGGUUUUUCAUGGAUUACAAGAGCAAGUAAUGAGCACAGCUUCUAGAAGUCAUAAAUUGAUGAUUCGUGUGCAAAGGAUUGAAGCUGCGCUUCCGCCCCUUGAGAAGGCUGUUCUUGCCCAAACAAGUCAUAUACACUUUGCUUACACAGCUGGUUCUGAAUGGCACCCUCGAAUUCACAAUGAGAAAAAUCAUUUCAUCUACAAUGACUUGCCACGAUUUAUUAUGGAUUCCUAUGAAGUUUGUCGUGACCCUCCAUGCCUGCACUUGCUUGACAAAUUUGAUGCUGGUGGCAAAGGAUCUUGUAUGAAGAGAUAUUCAGAUCCAACUUACUUUAAGAGAGCAUCAGGUAGCUGCAUUGAAGAAGAUGCUGAGAAAGUCCCAAGGGAUAAGAAGACUCGUAAAAGCAAGAAAAGAAGAUCGUCACACAGGAAUGGUGAACUAUCACGUGUUGCAUCAUUAUCUAAUCGCAGUGGCAGAAUGCAGUAUACUUCUCCGAUUGUUAACGGGCGAACUUCUUCCUCUCAAACUGCAUCUACAGUUGAUAUGGCACUCAAAUCUGAUAUGGGAGAACAUUCAACUUCUUUUGAUUCAAGAACUGGGUCUGGAUAUAUCAAUUGUGUUUUGAAUCUAGGUUCAUCCAUGCUACCUGAGGAACAGGAACAUAAGGAAGUGUCUUCUAGGUUGAUGCAAGAAACUGAUACCCUUAGUUCAGAUUUUCCUGUUGGACAAACUCAGGUUGUAGAUGACAACUUUUCACAUAGUUCAUCACAAGAGCAGAUUGCCCUAAGUUCAUAUUGUGUAACAUGGGAUGAAAAGGCCGAAAUAGUGGAGUCCAAAGCAGGAAAUUGGGAUGGAGAUGAAGCUCCAGAGAUGAACUUUGAUGUAGAUGUGCAGGAAUCUGGACCUGCCAAUCUUGGAAAUGGUGACCAAAUGGAUAUCCCAUUUAAUGACACGGAUGCUCCCCAAUCAAGCUCUAUUGAUAACCAAAAUGACGAAAUUGAAAGUGAACCAGACAAUUACAUGGAUGCACUGAACACAAUAGAAUCAGAAUCUGAAAAUGAUAUUGAAUGCCAUACAAAACGAGAAGUGGAGCUGUGUUCUGAAAAUGAUGUUGAGUGCCAAACUAAAUGGGAAGUUGAGCAGAUUGAUGAUGCUAACGCUGUUAACAAUGAGAAUAGAGAAGAUGGAAUGCAUGCAGUUAUGGAUAGUAAUGCCAACCAUCAUCCAUCUAUAAUCGAAUCUUCUGCCUCAUCUGAUAUUCUUUCGAACAAUGGGAUGUCCAUGAGUUUAUCAGAUCCAGUCCCCUCUGAGAAUUUUGCCAGUGAACAGAUCCCUCAAAUAUCAGGGAAAGCUCCUGAUCCCGACCAUUCACCUGGUACUGAUUUAUGCAUGAGUGAUGAAAUUCAUAAUGGUUCACAAGUGGAAUCUGCUAUCAGCGAUCCAUCAUCAUCCUCUGGCUCCACAAUUUCUGAUAUGCAGGAUCUAGUAAGUGAUAGGAUCAUAAACAAUGUCAGUGACUCUGAAUACUCCCACACUGAAUUUUCUGGUGUGCAUUCAGUUGGGUUCUGGACAAAUGGUGGUCUUUUGGGACUUCAGCCAUCAAAACCUCCUGAUUUUGCUGUAUCAACUGCAGGUCAGAGUUUUGCAGCCAAAAGUAGUGAAGCAUUUGGUCCACCAAAUCAAACUCUUAUGCCUAUACAUGAUGGACCCAAAGGAAAUACAGGUACAGUGGUUGAGAAUGCAGAAAGUGCUGAGAAGGUUCCAAGUUCAUGUAGUGAGAAAACUUCCCUUCCAAUAGCUGAUUUAGCUGCCAAUCUUGAAAAAGCAGUUAGUUCUCAGUGUGAUAAUAAUCUUGAUAAUUUUAAUGGGGCUGGAUUGAGCCUAAACACUUCAUUGCCACACGGGAACAAGCACCCAGUCAAUCCUAAUAUCAAAGCUACAUCCGUUGAAUCUGAUGAAGAGAAUGAUGACAACUCAUCUAGGAUGUUUGGACUUGGCCAUAAGUUGCUUGUAAAUGGUUUUCGCAGAAAGGUCUCAAUCGCUCAUUAUGGUGAAUCUGAACCAGCCACUUCUACAAAAACUGGGGUAUUGGAGCCGAGGAAUGGGCACCAGAGCAUAUUAUAUCAGAAAAUUCCUCGUACAACUUUUGACGAGCAGAUUGGAAAUGGAUCUCCUGUAAAUUCGCUUACUUCUUCUCCACCACUUGAACAUAUGAAAAUAUCUUUCAACCCUAUAGAUGGAUUUGAGACUUCUAAACUCAGAUUGCAAUUUCCAGAUGGGAAUCAUUAUCAGGAAAGUGUCAGGGACAUGUUUCCUUCUUUUCAGUUGGUCCCAGGGCCUGUUGUUCCAGUGCAUGAUGUUGGUUCAGACUCCGAUGAUGAUACUUUCUGCAGAUCAUCUCCUUAUAUGUCGGAUGAUUGCCUUAGUCAUUGCUCUGAGUCAAAUUCUGAGCAGUGGGAAUCUGGUGAAACUCCUGAAAGCAAGGACCCUGCGCUAUAUGAUGCAUUAAGCAGAUUGUCAUCUGUGGAAUCUGUCUCAAGCUCUUUACAUUUUGGGGAAGCAGCCAAUAAUGGCAUCCAUGUUAAUGGGGGACAUAAAUCUGUAGUUCCUGGGAUUGGUGCAGAACCAUCUCUUCCUCUGUCGCUUGAUCUUCCAAGUUUUGAUGCCAUUAACCCUAUACUACAGGAUGAAACCAAUAGCAAUUCUGUUCACAAGAACCAGCCAGAAUUGCAAAAUUCUACAGACGUCACACCAUUACCACCACCACCUCCUCCUGUGCAGUGGCGGGUUUCAAAACCCUGCUUGGAUGAGACAGAAGAAAGACAACAUGCUUUAUCUGAGUCUCUCAGACAUGAGCUUGAUCUGAAACUUUUUUCUGCUGUCUCUGUGGAGUCUAAGCCACCCUCUGAUGAUCAACAACAAAUAAGUGAUGAGGCAAUUGCAUUAAAACCAGAGAAGAAGCAGGUGGACCAAGAGAAUUUGAAUAGGCAGAAAGAGGCUAAACAGCUCAGUAGUGGCAGGGGGGUGGAUGAAAAGGAAGAUUUCUUGCAUCAGAUAAGAACUAAAUCUUUCAACCUAAGACCCACAGCCACAGCAAAACCAACUGUUACUUCUGGUCCCACGACGAAUGUCAAAGUCACCGCAAUUUUGCAGAAAGCAAAUGCGAUACGCCAGGCUGUUGGGAGUGAUGAUGGCGAAGAUGAUGAUAACUGGAGUGACACGUAAACCAUUUUGGGAUAUGGAUGCGUAAGAUAAUGGGCAGUAAAUCCUCUCAGUCUCGAGUUUUCACAUGUGGAUGAGGCUGUUUAACAUGUGUAUAAUCCUUGCCUUAUUUUUGUAAUUAGUUAGUGGGCGCAUUUGUAUCUUAUAUAGCGAUUAUUUGCUUUCAUUUCCUGAGUAGUUAAAUGCUUUGAACAGGUAUUUAGGUGAGUCGUGAUGUAAGUUUACAACAAUGAGGCAAUGGUUCAUGCAUAAUGCAUGAAAAUAUGGUAGUUUUUUUUUUUUAAUUUUUUUAGUCGGGACACAAUUUCUUUUUAAUUGGAAUAAUUGUUAUAUCCUUUUAUCGAGAUCAACCCAGAAUGAAUCAUUUGGUAA